AUGACGACUACAUCGUCAGAAGGUAGUUCCGGAGGACCCCAUGAAGAAAGUUCAAUGACAUUGACGUCGUCUACUACAGUAGACCGCAGAUGCUCUCAGGAUGUGAGAAAACAUUCACAACACAAACAGGAAAAGGCGAUAGCACAUGAUCUGGAAUGUGCAGCGAAAGAGUUCCGCUCCAAAAUGAGCGAUCAACUGAAAUGCCUCGGAGAUCGGACAGAUGUGCAGAUGAGUAGUCUUUCUGAACUACAAGACUACUUCAGGAAACGAGGAGAAAUUGAGAUAGAAUACGCAAGCAAAUUGGAGAAGCUGUCAAAAAGUAUAGCUCAGAAGCACAAGUCAGAAAGGAGUCGUCGAGAAGGAUGGCCUCAACACACAUCCAGUACCGUAUGGCAUACACUGGUUGAGCAGACCAAAGAAGAGUACAAGAAACGACAAUCUCUCGGAGAGCUGUAUGGAAAACAAAUUACUGCAAGUAUAGAAGCUAGAUGUGAGGAUUUAGCAAAGAUUUCGAAACGAUGCAGAGAAAUCGGAUCAUAUUCGCACAAUGAGUUGAAUAGAGUUCUCACAGAACUGCAAACAGCCAUGAAGACGUAUCAGCUCUGUUAUGCAGAAAUGUGUGGAAUUGAGAGGAAGAAGCGAUCAGCAGAAGAAGACGUUAAAAAAUACGAAGAUUCUAAUCCAGGAAAAUAUGAAGGAUCCAGAAGGCAUCGUGCGCUUGUGAAGCACUACAAAAGAAGGGAUGAGAAGUAUGAAGUUGUUCGACUGAAAUGCACAAAAGCUAGAAAUGAAUACCUUCUCUGCGUCAAAGCUGCUAAUGCUGCUCUUCAUAGAUUCUUCGCCCAAGAUUUGUCCUAUCUCAUUGAUUGCAUGGAUCUUGGAAUGGAUUUUUGGCUCCGCGCUCUUCUCGAAAAAGUUAUUGAUGAACGCAAAAAAAUCACACAACACGAAAUGGAUUCACUUGCUUGUCUCAGUACUCUACGCUCUUCUGUUGAUGUGAAAGCUGAUAAACAGAAAUUCUUCGAAGCCAAUCAUCAAUUGUUCAUGCUUCCAAAACAAUUCGAAUUCCGGCCGCAACUCGGAGACGAUAUUAUGGAGGUAUCAGCAGAGCAGAGUCUAUCGGCUGAUCUGCUCCAAAGACAACUUCAAAUAGAGAAAAGAUUGGAAGGACUGCAAUUUGAAGUCGAUGAAGUUUGGAAGUCUCUUGAAGCUUCCGAGAAGCAGCUUUUGCAACUCUACAACAGCCAAUUUGAUUGUGAUGCUGGAAAAUGGCGAAAUGAUUUGCAUGUUACAUAUCAAUACUAUUUGAAGAAGUUUGAACAUUUUCUUCUCAAUGGCAAUCUUAUGGAACGGCUGGAGGCGAGAAGUACGUCCAUAGGAGAAGCGCUGGCCAAGCAUGGUAUAUCGUUGAAAUCGGUAUCCUUCGGUUCAACAAGUGAACGAAAUGGAUCUUUUUCAAUUGAGAAUGGAGCACAAAAUCAUUAUUUGCUAGAAGAACGAAGAACUAAAGUGAAGAGAAUAGGAGGAAUCGUCGUUAAAUCUCCAGAUGACCGACCACGUCCAAAACUUUUUGGUGGCAGUCUGGAUGAAUAUGUUGAAGCAACAGGCGAGGAGAUUCCACUCCUUGUACAAUCAGCAAUCGCCUACCUUUCUCGAUAUUCGCUCCGUAAUCAGGGACUCUUCCGUGUAUCAGGAUCGCAAUCCGAAAUCAACCGAUUUAGAGAGGCCUACGAGAGAGGCGAAGACUUGUUCCAAUAUUUGGAGGAUGGAAGUGAUGCCAAUUCAGCUGCUGGAGUGCUCAAACUUUAUUUUCGAGAGCUGAGAGAGCCUCUAUUCCCGAUUUUCAUGUUCGAGCAAUUCUGUGAUUGUGCUAAAGCCGAAUCACCGUCAGAUUUUGUCAGGAGAUCACGAGAACUCAUCUCGAAACUGCCUGUCUCUCAUGUUCUCCUUCUACGUUUCUUAUUUGCAUUUCUCAGCCAUCUGUGUGAAUUCGCUGACGAAAAUAUGAUGGAGCCACACAAUUUAGCAAUUUGCUUCGGUCCAACAUUGCUACCGAUUCCAGAGGGAAAGGAUCAAGUUUUCUACCACAACUACGUCAAUGAAUUGGUUCGCAAUCUGAUAGUUCAUGCGGAUGAUGUGUUCCCAAGAGAUCUUCCUGGUCCAGUUUACGAUAAAUACGCAAUGCAAAGAUAUAUGAAUGGAAAUUUUAUUGAGGAAAACGACCUUGUUUCUGACGAUGACGAAGCUCAUGAAAAGAUUUCGCUACCACAAAGUCGUCAUAUGAUUGGUUCAACAUACGAGUCAGCCGACCGCAUUCUUCUUUCAUCGCCAAUUUUAUCGCAAGCGAAUACAUCAACACCAAAUGGAAUUUCGCCAUCCAAUGGAGCUGGAUCUUCGACACAUAAUGAUAUCGAUUAUGCUCCAGUUGCAUCAAGUAGAUCUUCAAAUCGUUCAAAAGCAAGCGAUUCGGUUGAUAUGGGUAUAAGAAGUGAAAUGCCUCAUCGUAUUGCAAACGAACUCAACAAUAUCUUCAAAAACAGUUCACUUUCAUCUGAUGGUAACAAUGGAAUCUCCGUACUCCGGCAUUCCCAUAUUGAACCAAGUUGGAGUGAUCGUCGCGAACAUCACAAUCUGAGAUCUAUGAGCACGGACCCUGACGAAGAACGAGAAUAUGUGUCUCCACCACCACCUCUUACAUCUACUCAAUACAUGUCUGUUGCAUCUUGCUCCAUCAGCCCAGCGAUCAAAAACGGCGCUGAGAUCACAGAGAGACGAGAUUCCAGAGAAGCGAUGUAUGCUCCAAUGAUAAAGCAAAGAGCGACGACGCUUCCAGCCAACAACGGGAGUACAACGGAAGUUAAUGUAACAGGUGUUCGACCUGUUGGGAAGUCCUCGUUGAGAGAUCAACUACAACUGAUAAGAAAAGAGAAUAGCACUGAUUUGAAGCCAUCAACGUCCCUGAAUGGCUCGCUCAAAAAAACAGACACCGAAACGACGAUUCUCGAUGCAAGAAGCACUGACAAAAGCACAGAGUCAUCCAGAAGAACGAGCCUAGAGGAUGACAGAGGAUCUGAAGCAUUCUCUCAACCCGACAUCAUCAAUUCUUCAAGACCACGUGGAAAAUCGCCCACUCUGGAUGAUAUUCUGAAUUCAUUGAAAGUUGCAACCAGUAUCAGUCCAUAA